GCUCUGAAAAGUUUAUAUAAUUCAAAAAAUGUUACAUUGGAAUUUAUGAAUGAGAUUACAUCACAUUAUAAAGUUAAUUUGGGUAAUUGUAUUAUUAAACUUUAUGGAAUAUCUUAAGAACCAGGAACAAAUAAUUAUAUUAUGGUUAUGGAUUACGCAGAACAUGGAAAUUUGAGAAAUUAUUUGAGUACAAUUCAUAAUAAAUUAACCUUGAACGAUAAGAUUAUCCAUUUAUAUAGAAUUGCAUAUGGAAUUAAAGAUAUUCAUGAAAAAGAAUUGAUUCAUCGAGAUUUACACAUUGGUAAUUUAUUAAAGCUUAAAUAUAACACUGUCAUAACAGACAUGGGAUUAUGUAAACCUGCAGAUUAUAAUACGUCAGAAAAUAAUAUCUAUGGUAUUUUACCUUAUGUUGCACCUGAAAUAUUACGAGGUCAAAGCUAUGCCAAAGCGUCCGAUGUUUAUAGUUUUGGUAUAAUUAUGUAUGAAAUAAUUUCUGGAUUAUCUCCAUAUCAUGAUGUAAGUCAUGAUGAAAAUUUAGCAAUAAAAAUUUGUCAAGGGCUCAGACCAAGGUUUAAUAUUAAAGUACCACAAUUAAUUAUACAUCUUAUUAAAACAUGCUUGGAUGCAAAUCCGUUGAACCGACCAACAGCAAAAACAAUUAAAGAAACUCUUGGUCAAUGGUAUUACAUGCCAAGUGAAGAAUUACAAAAGCAAAUUAAAGAGGCAGAGCAAAUAAAUAAUAAUAUAUCAACUUGCAUUAAACCUUCAACUAGUUUAGGAAUAUCAUACAAAACACAUUCAGGAGCUAGUAUAUAUACAAGUAGAUUACUUAAUUAUAAUAAUCUUCCCGAACCAAAAAAUUCUUAUGAUUAUUAUGAUGAACGAAAUGAUAAUAUAAUUAGCAUAAAAGCUUCAGCGUCUUUGUCUUUACAUAUUGAUAUUUCUCAAUCGAAAAUUAACGAUAAUAAUUUAUUCAAAUUAAAAACUUCUGAUGUUUGUUAUGAGAAAAAUGACAGUAUAAUUAACAUAAAUUCAUCAGUGUCUUUGCAAAUUGAUAUUUCUCAAUUGAACUUUAACGAAGACGGCGAAGACGAUCGAAAUAGCAAAUCUAAAGGCAAAGAAAAAAUCUAAAACAAUAAUCAAUAAUUUUUAUUUAGCGUUUUAACACUUUGACGUAUUUUUUUAUUUAAAUAUUGUAAAAGAUGGUUUCUUCAUUCAACCUAGUAUUUUUCAAAAAAUAAGCGAAGUCUAAAUUUAUUUACAAAUUUUUUUCGUUACUCCGUUUUUUU